CCAGAUCGGGUCAGGAAGCUGCAAUUUCUGAGUGGAGCUGCAAUAACACUGAACAGCAAUGACAACUUCCCACCCCACACACACACCACAUAAACACACACCUCCUGGAUUGUCAGAGUGGAGACAGCGGCUGUAUAAAUAGCGUAAAGAUUGCGAAAGAGACUGUACUUUCUGUGGACUGUACUGAACUGUACUCUCCCUCUCGCGCUCUCCAGAGCAGCUCAUUUGCAAUCGGUCAUCAUGCAAUCAUUCUUCGGCAACAAUAGGAGGGAGAGCCCAAAACCUGUCAAAGCACAAAUUCGAGGUGAAAUUCCAAAAUGGUUACAAGGGACGCUUAUUCGGAACGGACCCGGAAUGCACAAAAUCGGAGACACUGUGUACAACCACUGGUUUGAUGGGAUGGCAUUGCUGCAUUCUUUUACCUUCAAAGACGGUGAGAUAUUCUACAGGAGCAAGUACCUGCGUAGCGAUACUUACAGGAGUAACAUGGAAGCCAACAGGAUUGUGGUGUCCGAGUUUGGAACAAUGGCUUACCCAGAUCCUUGCAAGAAUAUUUUUGCCAAGGCGUUUUCCUAUCUGUCGCACACUAUUCCAGAUUUCACUGAUAACUGUUUGAUCAAUAUAAUAAGAUGUGGUGAGGAUCUCUAUGCAUCAACAGAGACCAACUAUAUCAGAAAGAUAGACCUGGAGACUCUUGAAACAAAUGAGAAGGUUGACUACAGAAAAUACGUAGCUUUGAACUUGGCCACGUCCCAUCCCCAUUACGAUACAAAUGGAAACACUUACAACAUGGGCACAUCCAUAGGAGACAAGGGGAAGACAAAGUACCAGAUUAUAAAGAUACCACAAAGUAAACCAGGUGACAAGGAGCACGCGUGCUUUACAAAUUGUGAAGUGAUAUGUUCCAUCCCUUCUCGUUCGCUACUCAGACCCAGUUACUUCCACAGUUUCGGAAUGACUGAGAACUACAUUGUCUUCAUCGAACAGCCGUUUAAACUGGAUAUUCUUAAACUGGCGACUGCCUACUUCAGAGGAGUGAACUGGGCCAGCUGUCUGGGGUGGUAUCCGAAUGACAAGACAUAUAUUCACCUUAUAGAUAGAGAGACAAAGAAGAUUUUAUCUACGAAGUAUUACACAGAUGCCUUGGUAGUUUACCAUCAUGUCAAUGCCUAUGAGGAAGAUGGCCAUGUAAUCUUUGAUAUUGUCGCGUACAAUGAUAACAGUUUGUAUGAUAUGUUUUACCUGAAAAUCUUAAAGCUGGAUGAUGCUGCAUUCGAAAAACAAGGCAAGACUUUCUCCUCUCCAUCUUGCAGAAGAUUUGUUAUCCCACUACAACAUGACAAGAAUGUAGAAUUAGGCACAAACAUUGUCACACUUGAAAACACAACAGCAAGUGCACUGAAGGAGAAAGAUGGAUACGUGUACUGCAAGCCUGAAAUAUUAUUUGAAGGAAUAGAACUGCCGCGGAUAAACUAUGAUUACAAUGGCAAAAAGUACCGAUAUAUCUAUGCAUCCAAGGUUCAGUGGCGUCCAGUGCCAACAAAGAUCAUAAAAUGUGAUAUUCUGACUAAAACCUGUUAUGAAUGGAGAGAGGACCACUGCUGGCCGGCAGAGCCAGUCUUUGUCAGAGCUCCAGAGGCCAAAGAGGAAGAUGAUGGUGUCCUGCUUUCUUCCAUUGUGUCCUCUGAUCCCAAGACAUCCUCGUUCUUGCUCGUCCUUGAUGCGAAAACUUUUAAAGAACUGGGUCGCGCAUCAGUUACAGCGGACAUACAUCUUGACCUGCAUGGUCUCUUCAUUCCUGAAAAGUAGCUGAGUACAAAACUACAAUAAAACUAAGUAAUUUCUGGAGAAGUCCAUCAUCAAGAAGUUAGCUUCCUUCAAGUCCCGCCUCAAGACCCUCCUCUUCGACCAUGCCAUCGGCUACCCCCCUUCCUCUCCCCUCCCCAACUCCAGCUUGGGUCUGAUAUGCUGUACACUGUCCAGCGCCUUGGGGCGUGCUUCUGACGUGAAAGGCACUAUACAAAUGUAAUCUUGUUGUUGUUAGUGAUAUCCAAAUUGGACACCGUCAUAGGACUAAAUGAAAUGCUCAUAGCUGGACAUAAUACUGAAAUUACAAAAUCUGUGGCACUCAUUCCAAUUCUGAACCAUCUUACAUAAAUUAUUUAAAUGAAAUUGCUGUGUACAAAGAGAAAUAAUUAAGUCAACUUCUUAUUUACCCUUUUGCAGAACAAAACAUCACAUUUAUCAGAUAGUUUUUAUUUAAAAACAGCCAUGAUGAUCUGCGAAAUCUGAGAUCAGUACAACUUAUUGACAAGAAUGUAAUCAAUAUUAAUUUCAUGUUUAGUGAAUGUAAUUUUUUUAAUAUUAUUCCAUGAAGGUUGUUUAGGCAGAACUGUAGUUUUUGUGCGUUCUCUAACAACGUAUGUUUUCUGUGCAACCACUAACAUAAUGUAUACUUACUUUUAUUUAUUGUAAUUCAUUUUGGUUUCUCAAUUAGUGAAAGCGCCAUAGGUGUGCAAUCAGAUUGUUCAAUGUAGUGUUAGAAUUGUGAGCUAAUAUAUUUUUGCAAGUUGUGACAAAUAUUUAAUUGUCUGUGUGUUAAAAUACAGAUUUGUCUAACCAUACAAAAGCCCUGAACAAUUAAAACAUAGCUGCUUGGAAUGAACAUGCUUUGUAAUGUGUACGAUGUUGAGUCCAUGGAUCAUGGGGAGGGAAUAAACACGUUAAUCACUAGGUCAUAGAAAAAUAAAAUAGUAUUAUAAUGAAAACACUAACACUGUGCCAAAAUGUCAUAUUACCAAACAAUAAGUCUUAUUUUAUCUGAAAUGUGAUGUCGAGAGUCCUGCGCAAUAGCACAGCCUUUUAAUCCAAUUUGGAUUCUUGUGAGUGUCAUUUAAUUAACAUUGCUAAAUCCUUAUUAAGGCAUUAUUUAAUAAAUUACUGUGAUCCUAAUCUUACCUAAAUACAAAUGGUUCACUGAAAUAAAUGUUUUAAGAUUAAGCUAUUAAAUACUUCACAGAUUCCGUGACUGUUGGCAUGUUUGAUUUUGUAUCGUUGUGCGAUUACUAUGGCAUUGGAUGCUCCCCAUUCUGAACUGCAGUUGGAGUCAAUGCAACAAACAACCUGGUGACCUUGGCUGUUGUUAUUCAGUCACUGCUUUAAACACAAGUCCAAUCAAUAAACUAGAUUAUGAAGUA